AUGGCAAGGGAAUGGUGGAAGUAUUGGUUGAAGAGGCGAUCGGAUACGCCAGCUGGUGAUGGCUGGGAAGUGAAACUGACAACUGCCAAUAGUUGGAAGAUAAACGGACGGCUGCCAUUUUCGACAGAUUUAAAAGAUUUUAGACACAUAAACACAACCUUCCAACCAAAUAAGCAGUUGACAAAAGCUACUAUGAAGACAAUUAAGAGCCCAGAUGGUGAUAUAAUAGAUUGUGUUUUGAUCCAUUUUCAGCCGGCGUUUAAUAAUCCUAUGCUGAAAGUAACAAAGCCAUUGAACGACGGGUAUCGAUCUGGAUGCUACAAUUUAUUGUGUUCGGGGUUUGUACAAACGACUCAUGAGAUUUGUCUUGGAGCUACUCUUGAUCCAGUAUCAACGUAUAAUGGUGCACAGUACGAUAUCAACGUACUAAUCUGGAAGGAUCCAAGACACGGGAACUGGUGGUUGAGGGUGGGGAAGAUUGUAGUUGGAUAUUGGCCAGUAGCCCUAUUCCCUGACUUUAGUAAACAUGCAACAACGAUUGAAUAUGGUGGAGAGGUGUAUAAUGCUCAAAGCCCAGGUCAACAACCCACAUCAACCAUAAUGGGGAGUGGCCACUUUGCAGCUGAAGGGUUUGGAAAAGCUUCAUUUGUUAGGAACAUGGAAAUUGUUGAUGAAAACAAUGUGUUAAAACCAGUUGGAGAUGUGAAUUUGUUAACAGAAAAACCAAAUUGUUAUGAUGUUAAAAAUGGGUUUGAUAGUGUUUGGGGUUAUUAUAUAUUUUUUGGAGGGCCUGGAAAUAAUCCACAUUGCACCUAA